AUGAAAACUACACCCACAGCUGCUUUAGAGGUCCUGUUGGGACUGCCGCCCCUGGAUCUGUUUAUCCAACAAGAGGCAGCCUCAGCAGCAGUCAGGUUAAAGACACUCAAGCUCUGGGGUACAGCAAUAGGUGCCCACGCCGAAAUUCUGGUAGAGGCCAUCAACUACAAACCACUGAUGGCCGCUCCCAACGACAGGGUACCCAAACAAUAUAUCUUCGGAAAAAACUACACCGUAAGGCUGACCGAAGAACAGCAUGACUGGUCUGGCACACACGAACUGCGAAUAUACACCGAUGGGUCUAAGACCAGGACAGGAUCGGGGGCAGGUGUGUUCUCACCAGAAAUUAACAUCAAGAUAUCAAUGGCCUUAGGCGCACACAGUUCCAUCUACCAAUGUGAAUGUGUCGCCAUCACGGAGGCAGCCAAAGCAGUGGAAAAGCGGGGCCUUAUAGGCCACAAAAUACGCAUUGUAACCGAUAGCGCUGCUGUAUUACGAGCCCUUGAUAGCAAGACCAUUCAAUCAGGGCUCAUACUAGAGUGCCACCAAGCACUGGAGGGUAUAGGAAAGACUAACUCAGUUACCCUACAGUGGAUCAAAGGGCACAGUGGCUCUCUAGGAAAUGACGCAGCUGACGAGCUGGCAAAAGAGAAUCGUACCAGACCUUACUGGGUCCCGAACCAAUCAUGGCGCUCCCCUUUUACCAGCUGA